UAUCCGGCACUUCAUUAACUGGCAUGGUCUAUUAACCGGCAUGUCAGUCAACGCAGCAAAACCGAAACGGGAAGUGGGACUUCCGGUUUCACCAAGUCCUACUUCGGGCCACGGCCCAGGGCAAAGCAGCUUGUGCAGGGCCCCCCCUCCCUGUCCCCCAGCACAUUGAUGCCAGGGGAAUGGCAGCAGGGGCGGCGCGGUUAAUCUGAGAUAUGGAUGCACUGGACGCAGCAGGAGGAGCGUCUUUGCCCAACCAGACAAAGACAUUUCUCAGGUAACCAGCAUAUUUGGUUAUCUGGCGCCCCCAUUCCCCAUGGAUGCCAGAUAACAGAGCUUUUGCUGUAAAUUAUACUGCAUAACAUUAUUAGACAGACAGACAGACAGACAGAUGUGUACUGAAAGUAAGUGUCAUUUUUGGCCAUACUGCAUACACCAAAUUCACUUUGAAAUAUUGUAUUAUUGUGUUGUGAAGUAUUUAGGCUCCAGACCUAGCUAAAAUAGUAAAAUGGAUCCUGAGAAAGAUCAUGGAAGAAAAUAAGCUGUCUGGUUCAGAGGUUACAGAAGAAAAAAAGGAAAUAGCUUGUGAGUUGCGAGUGAAACACUGCUAAGAGUCCCUGGAGAAGGAGACUUAAUAGGCAUCUCUAACCUCUCUGAUUCUAUGUCUUAUACCUUCUGUUUGAUCUGUAUUUUAUCAAGGUCACCCUUGCUCCUGGCAAAGGGCUGCUCACAGGCAUUUUUUUCUUCCUCUAUUAAAAUGGUGUCUCCAACAAGUCAUCAAAAACAGGCUCUUCCUUUGGGUGUUAAAUUUCAAGUUGUAGGGUGUUUCGCGAAGGGGGAAAGAGGAAAAAAAGGGCUCAAAAUUAAUUUGCCUUGGAAGUCAGUACUGCAAGAAAGUUCUCUAUUACAGAUGCAACAUGGGUGCUGACUGGCUGAAGCCUUCUUACCCUAAUGAGCUUAAAAUCUUAUUUGUAGUUGACAUCUGUCAAGACAGAAGCAAAAUACACAAGUCCUCUUAAUCCAUUAGCUCUAAGUUCAGACAAGCUUUCACAUUGCUUUUCUGCAAUAGAAAAGGAAUAUUUAAAAGGAAACAAAAUACAAUGGGAUGGUGUGUACUUUCCUUGUGACGGGAUCCUGGGAAGUAAGAAAAAUUGAUUAUGAUAUAAAAAAAAAGACUUUCUACAAACUGGAAGAAUUGUCGAUGAAGCCCUUAUGAGAAAAAUGCCAGAUUCCAGUACGGGAUGAAGCCGUAAGUUUUAUUAUCUCUUAUUCUUUAUUCGAUCAUCUGGAUAUUGACAGAAAAGGCUGACAAACAAGGUGACAGGAUGGGCUGCACACCCUCCCGCAGUGAGAUUGUUAAUCAUAUUGCAAAAAUUGGAGGAAGGACUCUAAAUAAUCCUAAAGGUAUCUUUCCUGUUGAUCCUGGGGACAAAGAGUUCUCAAUUCCGUUGCUGGUCAAAAAUUCAUCUUACUAUAACACUGAUGAGAGCUCCCAGAGUGGGAGUCAGACGAAAGAUGGUCUGAAGGAAAAUCAGGAAAAAGUACUGGAAAGGGACAAAAAUGCUAACUUCCAUUUGUCAUCUGAGGAUCAUUCACAUCACAAGAUCCUCAAAGAUGACAAGAAAAUCAAGAGGACAGAGGCUGAAUCAUCCCUGUCCAAAAUGACCGAGUCUCAAAAACAUGUAGCUGGGGAGACACGGAUCAAAAAGCAAAGCUCCUGUGAAUCAGAAACAGCUGCUUGCACUUUGGAUGACAAGAAUGAAAGCAACUCAAAGCAAAUACCUAAGAAAGCAAAGAAACAAAAAAGCCACAAACAGGCAAAGCAGGGUCGUCACUGCAAAACCAAAGAAAAGUCCAUCUCACCUCUGUGUGAGACUGAGGAAAAGGUGGAUUUCCCAGAGUUGCUUGUUAAAGCCCAUCAGAAUGCUUAUGCCUUCCUAAAUCCCAACCUUUCCAAGUAUGAAGCUAUCCUAUGCAUGGCCAAUCAAGCUACCCAAACUCAGCUGCACUUACAGCAGAUGGUGAGCUUUCUAGUGCUUCGCUUUGAUGAAAUCAACCAGCUCUUGGAAGAAAUUGCCAACGAUGGGGAAGAACUCCUCAAAGAGGUUGGUGAGAAUCUAUUGUGGCCAGCUGGGAAAGAUGAUCCAAAGGAGCAUCCAGAUCUUUUGCAGCAGUUACUACAGUAUACAGUCAACAAAAUGCAGGUGGUAAAUGGAACAGUGGCUUCCCUAACCUCGGAUGCCUUGCAAGAGUCAUGCAGCUACUUACAGUCUGCAGCCAGCAAUUUGGAAUUAAAACUGAAGGCAAAGCAAGGUUUUGAUGAACGCUUACUAAAGACCAUAAAAUUGCUUGAAGCCUCUGCAGUGGGGCCCUCUGAAUCCCAUAGCAAUGAUAGGACUCUAUAUUCUGAAGACAGUGGUAUUGGCGCAGACAAUGAAUCUGUCAAAGGAUUCAAAUCCCUUGAUAAGCUUGGAAAGGAAGGAAGCUGCAAGGCUUGUGUUUGUGAUCAUUCAUCCCAAAAGCACAUCGGACCACCAGAAGAAUAUAUGGAGGAUGGCACAUCAGCAUUAGUCACAACCAGAUCUCAGGACUAUGCACUUGAAAGGCAUGGUAAAGCAGUAUUUUAUCCAUCUGUGGACAACAAAAAAGGAAUUCCGUGCCUGGAGUCAGCAAUAGAUCUUUCCAUCAGCCCCCAAUGUUCAAGCCUAAUCAAAAGCCAUUCCCUAAACUCCUUCCUGUCUGAUUCCACCCAGGAAAGCGAACAUUUAAAAAACUGUGAGUCAAUAGAUUAUCCUUCUGAAGAUGAGGAGAGUACCCUGGGGGAGGAGGAGGAUGACAAUGUAAGUUUAUCAGAAAUGAGUAAGGAUGCUCUACUUAAAAGACAAAUGUCUUCACCAGCAGUAACUGAUACUGCAUGGAGAACAGCCACUAAAAGGAUUGAGAAUCCAGAGAAGGAAGAGAUAAUAUUGAAGAUGAAAGAUGCAAUCAGUGAAAAGAUCAAGUUUGUCCCAGCUGGAUCUGAACCGAUGGGGUGGGUAGAAGAUGGAAAAGCAGCAGUCACAGCAAGGCCUAGUACAGCAAGUGGCAGUCGGAGACUUGCAGUUAAACAAAGAAGGUCUAGGUCAGAGGAGUCCCUCAGAAGCCAGGCAGAGGACCCAACCCUUUUAGAACUCCAAAGGACUCAAAAGGAGCUCAGCAAAAGACUGGAAAUAUUUUAUGCACUUAAUGGGAGCAAAGAUACUGAUGGAAAGUGGGAGUCCCUAAAACCAAGAGCAGUGGUUUAUGUGCAAGACGCUGAGCCUACUACUCUUAGACCUUCUAACAACAAAUUAAAGGCAUGCCUCUCAAAAAACUUCAGCAUUUUGCCUAAUCAGGAUAAGGUCCCAUUAUAUAGGGCUGAGCAAAAUCCUGCCAGUCAGCCCGAUCAGAGGAGCAGUAGAACACCUUCAAACAUUGCUGUGUUCACUCAAGAUUCAUCAAAUGGGAAAGACAAUGAACCUCCUGAAACACAAACAUUGAACAGUGGCAGUUGUACCCCUCGUAAAUCCGUCAAAAAGCUUAUUGAACCCUUAGGACCAAUAAAGUGCAUCAGAAAAUAUGGACUUCCAGUAAUGCCUCCCACCCUUCCCUUUCAGAGAGGAUUAGCACCUUUAAGUCACAAGCAUCGUGUCUUGCCAGUCAGAGACACAAACCUUCCAAGCACAAAUGCAACCCAGUGUAACUCUUCAGCAGCUCUUCCACCUCCUCCUGCUUCAGAAUUAAACACAACUGACACAAAUGGAGAAUAUGAUGUAGAUUUUGAGAAUCUUCCCCCACCACCUCCUGAAAUAUUAAUGGACAAUUCAUUCGACUUAUCUGUGUCUGAAGAAAGUAUAAGAAUGGAAGGAAACUCUUUAGAAGAGACUAAAAAGCCUGCCAAAACAGAGAUUCACAUGGCUAAGAGAGCACAAAUUUCUCCAAAGAUGAAAGCCUCCCUAUAUUCUAUUGAUUUAUUACCAAGUAAAAAUAUCAACAGCCCCAAUGUUUUUAUUAGUAAAGUUUUAAGGAACACUGGAGCAGACCCAAAAUUUGGAAAAUAUGCAUCAGAACAGAAUCCUUCCAAUCUGUACAGCCAAGAAAAUACAUUAGCAUCUCAGAGAGAGCAGGAAAUGAAAGAGGCUGCAGAUUUGUAUAAGCAAACUCAUAAAAUAAUACCUCUUCCAUAUCCCAGUGGAUUAUCAAAACAAAACAGAAAGGAAAACCCAUCAGAAAGGAAAGAGUCUGGUAUAAAUUUACCUUCCGAGCAAAACCCAAAGCAAAGUUCUCCUGAUUCACUCAGGAGAAAUGAGAAAAGCGCAGUUCUCCUUAGAAGAGUCUCUCCCACACGAACACCACCUUCUUCUCCACCCACUGAGAAACGGCUCUCAAGUCCACCUAUACAUCCCAGACACGUUGUGCAGGUUUUUAGCCCUGUGCAGCCAAAUUGUUCUCCUACACACAGGCAACCUAGUCCUCCAACCAGCCCAAAAGUAUCAAGCCCUCCAACACAAAAGAAGAUGUCUUCUCCACCGACUCAACGAAAACUGUCUAGCCCUCCAGUGGGACGCAAACAAAGCCCACCAACUCAGCGCAAGAUGUCAAGCCCUCCAACGAACCGCAGAGAAGCAAGUUCACCUCCAUUCUGUGCCACCCCAUCCCCACCAACUUCUCCAUCUUGGUCAUACAAAGGACUAAAAAUCCCUUCAGAUUCCAGUGAUGAACAACAACCUCCUUCCUCAAAGGUUGGCAGUAAUGUACAUUCAAUAUUUUGCCCAGCCACCUCUUCUUUAUUUGAAGCCAAACCUCCAUCUCCGCCUAGCAAACCCACUGCAGAGGUCACAGGCAAAACUGAAGUUUCAGCUUUUGCCCCGAAAAACAGUGUUCCGCUCAGACCCUGGGGGGAUCAGUCCAGAAGGCUGGCUGCAAGCGCUGUCAACCCUCAGCCUUUUGUCAAGAGAAGCUUCUCUGACCGCAGACCAGGGUUUCAGCUGAGGCUUCCAGCACCAGCCUCAGCCAGCAGUGAACCUGCACUUAACCAGCCCAGCAUGGGGGAGAGUACUAGAAAGGCAGGUGAUUCUUGGAACAGCCCAUGUUUCUCUGAGAUCAAGGACUCCAACAGAUCCUCUUCUCACCCUGAACUCUACAUCGUGGGUCAGGGUCUCCAGAGGGAGUGACAAACCAAGACACUUAGAAGAUCAAAGGAUGUUCCAGGGCUCUCAUCUGACGGUAGUAUCUGAGCCCGUCAAGCACCAGUGUUGCAGAUGGGAAACUGCAGCACAGAAGAUUAAACAGCUUGUUCCAGGUCACAUGAGAAGUCUGUGGCAGAGUUGAGAACUAGACUUUAAACUUUCAAGUCCAAUUCAGUGCCUUAACUAUAAAAAUAUCCUUCUUCAGUUCUGCUUAUAAUAGACUCUGUGCCAUUUACCAUCAAAAGUAAAGAG